AAUGGCAAGCUUAAGAGAUGCCGCCAAAGGGAAAAGUGGUUCUGGAAAAGGGGAGAAAGGAGGUGCAGUCUCUGGGAGUGAUAGUGCUGACAAGAAAUCUCAAGGCCCUAAAGGUGGUGGCAAUGCUGUAAAGGUCAGACACCUUCUAUGUAAAAAACAUGGCAAAAUCAUGGAAGCCAUGGAAAAGUUAAAGUCUAGAAUGAGAUUCAGUGAAGUGGCCUCACAAUACAAUGAAGAUAAAGCCAGGCAAGGGGGUGACUUGGGUUGGAUGACCAGAGGGUCCAUGGUGGGACCAUUUCAAGAAGCAGCAUUUGCCUUGCCUGUAAGUGGAAUGGAUAAGCCUGUGUACACAGACCCACCAGUUAAGACAAAAUUUGGAUAUCAGAUUAUUAUGGUUGAAGGAAGAAAAUAAAAUUACAUGAAAGACUGAAUAAAAAAAAAAGAGAAUUUCAGACCA